CCCAUCUCAUGUGCACACACGAGACACACGAGACACACUGACAGACGCAUCCGCGGAAAAAAGGCGUGUGUGUGCACGUGUGUGCACCGAUCGCCAGGCAGCGUGUGCAUCGGCCUUCGCACAUCACAUCACAUGUGUCGGAUCUCUCCCUCACACCCACGAGACACCCCCGAGACCGUUGAAAACACCAACACCGUACAGCGUCCUAGCUGUCCUAGCUGAUAGCUCAUGCGUGCGGCCCUGCGUCACAGGGGGCACGCAUCGGCCACAAUCUCUCUCUCCCUCUCUCUUGGCCACGUUAAAACGAAUGGCUCGGUGCGCGCACACACACACGCGCGCAUCACAUCAGAGACACAGCAGAAAGUCACUCACGUACAGAGUGGGAAGAACAGCAGGCACACCACACCACACCACAUCACGUAUCACGCAACAUACAUGACAUGGAGGUAAAAGCCCAAACAAUGCCUCUCACUUUCUCUCUCUCCCUCUCGGAUUUGCGCGAUUUCGGCGGCCGCGUCCCUAUGUAUGUGUGUGUGUGUGUAUGUGUGUGUCUACUGCCCCUGGACCGCCUGAGCACCCCCACCCGCACCAGCACCCGCCGCACCCUCGCCGCCCUUCUUUUUCUUCCUGUGGCGCCGCUUCUUGGACGAGCUCUUGGAAGACGCCCCCCCAGCACCCGCCGCACCAUCGCCGCCGUCUCCCACAACGUGCACGCCGUCUGUCUCACUGAUGCCGGUGGACUGAGUGGCGAGGGCGGGCAUGAUGCCGUUGGUGUCGUCAGGGUGGCUGUGGUGGCUGUUGGUCUCGCCCCCGCUGUGGUCCGCUGCUGUGGAGGCCGUCAGACGCUCAGACUCCUUCUCAUAGGGCUCGGGAGAGGGAAGGGACGGGGACGAGAAGAGGGCCUUGUCGUGUGUGGUCGCGGUGGCGGAUGUGGAUGGCGAGACGGUGGGAGUGGCGGUGCCCUCGGCUUUGGCAGUCUCUGCAGGCGGUGCUGCUGAUGCUGCGGGGGACGGUGAUGGCGACGGAGCAGCGGCCUUUUUCUUGCCCUUCUUGCCCUUCUCGCUCAGGGCAUCCGCCAGCAGCUUCUCAAAGCCGUCCUGCGGCUUGCUGCUGCCCCGCUCCCUGCCGCUCGACGAAGACCCCUUCUUGUUGCCGGCAGGUGUGCCCUCGGUCACGUCGAUAAUCCUGCUCUCGCGCUGUGCCCUCCCACCACCACCACCACCACUGCGACCGCCUCGGCCGCCCUUGGUCCGCUCCUCCUCUGCACGCAUGGCCGCUUGCAGGAGCAACAGCUGCAUGAGUGCGUCGUCGUUGGCUCGCUGCUGCUGCUGGUGCUGGGAGGCCGAGGACGACGAUCCACCGCGCUCCUUCCCGCUAGAUGAUCCUGGGAAGAGGAAAUGAGAAGAUGAGUCGGCGCGCGACGACGAGGCCUUCUUGCUGGUGCGUGUCCUGCUGGCGGAUGCGGGCUGGUGGGCAGAGGGGUCGGAUGGCGAGUGUUGGGUGGCGGUUUUGUUGUCUUUGUUGUUUUUGUUGCGCUGCUGCUUCUGUUUGUUGGCCUCCGCGGAGGCCAUCAGUGCCUCCAUGAAUUUGGGGAAGAACUCCAUGACCUCGCACGUGCCCUCGUACUUCUUCUGCAGGGGGUCCGACAACUGGUUGACACCGCCCUUGUCGAAACGGCUGAAGGAACCAUGGGCAGACAGACAGACAGACAGACGAACAGCGCGUUCAUCGUUUAGACCUUUCUGUCUGGGCCGUAUCAUUUUCAUGUGUGUCGCUCACUCUCUGAUUGCAACAGCGGUGAUUUUGUCGUUGAGCUGGUAUGCGGCAACCAUCAUGAUGGCCUGGAUGCGCGCCGUCUCGCGGCCCAGCAGCCGACGGGCAGCCAAAGCCGACAGCAGGGCGUCGCGGUGCUGGUACACGUACAGACACAACUCGCCCUGAGUUGACAAACGCCAAGACGCAGGUGGAGAGGACAAGGGGCUGUGCUUGCUUCCUCUUGGCAAGGUUACGUGGAGGAUGAGGCCUUCGAUGGGGUCAGCGAUGAGCGGCCACUUGAGGAGCUGCUUGGCGAGGUGCACCUCGGCGUCCCUCUCCAUGGCAUCCAUGUCCAGCAAAUACUUGGCUGCACACACAACAACAACACCCAAUCUCUCCUUUGCCUGCCCGCUGGCUGCCUGUCUGUCUGUCUGUCUGUCUGUCUGUGUGUCUGUGUGUCUGCCUUACUGUCGUCCUGCAUCUCGAUGAAAGGGUCGUCCAUGUCCAUGUCCAUGUCCAUGCCCAGAUCCAUCCCCCACAUCCCCAUGCUGUGCCCGUAGCCCAAGUCGUCUACAUCGUCAUACUCCCACUCAGACUCGCCGUCCAUCGCCGCGGGACGCGAAGAGCUCAACAUCGAUGAUACGGCAAUCGAGGGGCACCGCCUCGGGGGAGAGAAGAGAAUGGGAGAAAAAAGGCACCAGAACGCAGCAGAAGCGGUGUCAGGGAGCACCC